AUGGUACAAUCUGAACUCACCAAUGAGAAGUUGAAAGCAUUGAACAGGAACAAGGACGUAAAAAUGUUAGUUUCAGCACGCACCAAUGAUGAACAAGCUGCGAGUGAUGAUGACAACGAAGGAACACAGUUGCACAAGCGCACACAGAAAGAGCGAAAGAGAAAUAAAAGAACAUCAGACGUUCAGAACGUUGAUUAA